UAAAUCGGCGAGGCCUCUUCUCUUCUUCCCCGUCACAUCACACCCAACACCAGGUCCCUACCCCAAACCCCACCACUGCCACCGCCACCGCCGACGCACUGCACAGCUCCGAUCGAGCAGCAAAGGGACUCCGGCCGCUUCGCCGACCUAGGGUUCCGGCAGCUUCCGCCGCCGCCGCCGCCGCGGGCUCGCCUCGCGAUGUCUCGACGGAACGUGACUCCGUCGGUCCGCGUGUUCGGGAUGCCUGUCCGCGACGACGUCCGCGAUCUCGUCAUCAAGGUCAAGUAUGGUGGCACUCUCAAGCGGUUCAACGCAUCUGUGAAUGGUUCACACUUUGAUCAUGAUCUCGCCGCCCUUCGGUCCAAGAUUGCAAAUGCUUUUAAGUUCAGUCCCAGUGAUGAAUUUGUUCUCACAUAUACUGAUGAUGACGGGGAUACAGUCAUGCUGGAUGAUGAUGAUGACUUACGUGACGCUGCUAUUAGUCAGAAGCUGAACCCUCUCAGGAUUGAUGUUCAGUUGAACAGCAGCAGUGCAGGGGCCAAGCAGCAGGCCUCAGAUUCCAGAUCUUCGAUGUCAGCUAUGGUAGAGCAACUGGCUCAGGUGAAAUCAGCUAUUGAUGAUGCGUUGAAAUUUGUACCAGAGCAAGUUCCUGCUGCCCUUGCAAAACUAUCCCAUGAGCUGCAUUCUAAAGCUGCAUCAUCGGGACCACCAUCGGCUCAGUUGCUGGAUCGAAUUGCUGAACUGAUAGCACCCAGGAGCAGCGUGCAACCUACCAGUGGUCUUACGGACAGUUCACCUGGCUCCUCAAGUGAUCAUCUACCGCAUGUGAGGCAAAUGCUAAUUAAUAGUCCUUUAUCUGAACUUGCAACUAUUGACGCGCAACACACUAAAGCACUUGGUCUUGAGAGCGUGCUAGCAGAGGAAGCCAAAUCUCAAGUUGGGCAGGCAUCAGGAUAUACUUCAACUGAGAAUCCAUCUGUUUUAGGUAUUUCUGGUGGAAAAUUGAUCUUUCCUCGCAAAAAAAGAACUGAUGCCCAAAGUAAGGGUAAAUCUCAUGCCCAGGUUAGGGGUAAAUCUGUUGUAUCUUCUUCGGUGCCACCUGUUCCUUACAUGGCUCAUGGUGUUCCUACUCUAGGUUCUGCUGCUGAAUAUGAACGGAACAUGUAUACGAAGAUCAAUGAUGAUUUGCGUAAAAUGGACUGUCCAGUUCCGAAUGUUGAAUCCAAUGGAAAGAUCAGUGGGGAGCAUUCAGUAUUCCCUCCGCCUAGAGGCCUCGUGUACAAUUCAGUUCCAACUGUUGAAUCUAUUGGAAAGGUCAAUUGGGAGCAUUCAUUAUUCCCUCCACGUAGAGGCCCCGUGUACAAUUCAGUUCCGACUGUUGAAUCUAAUGGAAAGGUCAAUGCGGAGCAUUCAGUAUUCCCACCGCCUAGAGGCUCUGUGUACAUUCCAAUUACAAACCCAUCAUUUACAACUCCUGGAUGGAAUGGAAAGAAGAAUGGUAGUUUUGAGGCAAGAUUCACUCAUCCACUUGCCUAUGACCGCAAUUCAUUGAAGUUCUAUGACCAAAAUCCAUUGAAGUUCAGUACCCAUCCAUAUGGGUUUAAUCAAGACGCCAACUCACUUGGCUCAUGCGGUUUUGCCAGCAGCGCUUAUGAUAGCAUCACACAGCCCACAGUUCAUAAAUGGAUAGAAUGUGAUGGCUGUGGGAUCACACCUAUUGUUGGCCCUCGCUACAAGUCCAUUGUCAAAGACGACUAUGAUUUAUGUAUUAACUGCUUCUCUCUCGCUGGCAAUGAGGCUGAAUACACCAGAAUAGACAAGCCAAUGCUAGUAAGCGAAAGAUUGAGAGGCAUUGAUAAGACCUUGAGGCUCCAACUUGACUGCUGCUUCAUCAAGGAUCUCACUGUACCUGAUGGAACAGUAAUGGCGCCAUCAACUCCAUUUCGUAAGAUUUGGUGCAUGCGUAACAGUGGGUCUACUGCAUGGCCUUCCGGGACCCAACUUACCUGGAUUGGCGGGGAUCAGUUUGCUCGCCAGAGCUCAGUCAAAUUAGGGAUUUCAGAGUUCGGGUUUCCCACGGGUGGAGAAAUCGAUGUUUGUGUGGAUUUUGUUGCGCCUGCAAAACCUGGCAGGUACAUAUCGUACUGGAGAUUGACAUCGCCGGAUCUACUGAAGUUUGGUCAGCAAGUUUGGGUUCUUAUUCAGGUGGAAAAGCCUGUUCAAACCAGUGGUAAGAAUGAUAGUGCUGCAAUAAACUUGAGCUUGGCUGCAGACGACAACUCUACAACAUUGAAGCCUUUCAUGGUGGAACAGCGUAUACAGACCAGUGGCAGUAAGCAAACUCCAACCAUAAACUUGAACUUGCCUGCAGAAGGCAUCACCACAGUAUGGACAGAUUCUGCAUCAGACUCUGACACUGACGAUGAAGACAAAACCACUUUUAGAGAUAUUUAUAGUGCACUUAGAUCUCACCAACACAAAGGAUCCAAAGCUGUUGGAAGUGUUAUGCCCUUUGCACCUGCAGCAGUUGAACCGGUUCAAGUGCCCAUCACUGAUCCUGACACUUCAUCUACUGGAGCUGUAGUGACGCCUGCUGGUGUGCCUCCACCUGAGGCCGCUGCACUGCCAAAUCCUAUCAGUGUGCCCGCACCUCUACCUGCUGCUACUCCUGUUAACUCAGGUGAAGUUCCUGUUAGCGUGCCUGCUGCACCUUCACCUGAUGAAACCUUCAACGACAUGGAGGAAAAGCUUUUGAGGGAGCUGGCAGAGAUGGGCUUCAGGCAGGCUGAUCUGAAUAAGGAGGUACUUAGGCAGAACGAAUAUGACCUCCAGAAGUCCGUCGAUGAUCUGUGCGGCUUCCAUGAGUGGGAUCCACUCCUUGCGGAGCUGAAGGAACUGGGUUUCAAUGAUGACACAGAUGUGAGGGAGGUUCUCGGGAAGGACGACGAAGGAAGCAUCAUUAAGCGUGUGGCCAUGAACCUUCUGUCCAGGGAGAAGGACCAGUGAUGGCCUCCUGCGUUCAUCCGGUUGGAGUGCUGCUGCCUAGUAGUAACCUAGAUAUAUAUAUUUAAUAUAACUCGUGAAUAAACUAGACGAACUGAAGUGUGAUGCUGCAUAAUGCAGUGGUAAUGUAGUAGUAAGUAGCCAGCAGCACCAUAGUCUGGCGGUCCUGUGACUUGUGGUGUGUGGUGCACCGUGGGUGUACGUGUACCUUAUCAGGUAAACUGCGUAUGCGACUAGUAUGGUUUAUACUCCAGUUCGUCA